AUGACGGUUGAGAACUAGCUACUUUCUCCUAAAGAUGAGCUGAGCUGUAAAGGUUGUGUGUGAGGCAGAGGUUUGGGAGAAUAACUAGCUAGACGUGAGGUACAACACUUUGGCACAUGUAUAAACAUAUCCUGACUGUCCCCGAGAAUGAGUUACUCAAUCAUUCGCUCAAGUGAUUAGUUGAGCAAUUCUGAUUUAUUCAGUAAAACUGUGUGCCCUUAUUUGGUCGAUUCUGCGAGAUGAUCUUUUAUUCAGAUUAGAUUUGAACCGCUAGAGGAAACAACGUACAAAUAUAAGCAACGCAUACAAUAACCUUGGAAGAAGACGUGUACAGAUACUCUCCAAGAUGCCAGAACCAACUGUUGCGAUGAUAACCACGCCAUUUUACCAGCAACAGCAGUAUGAAGUCUCCAGGUUCCUGAAGGUCAAGCCACUGGCUUUGGGGAUUUUGGAAAUAUUGAUAACCUUAUUGAAACUCUGUUUGAUAAUCUGGAAAAAGAAUUUUAUCCUUAUCUGGUCACCAGUCAUUUUCUUCAUAAUUGGAGCUUUAACAGUCGCAGCUGCACACACACGUAAACCGCGUCUGGUCAAAACCUCACAAAUGCUCAGCUUUGUGAAUUGUGCGGUAGUUACUUUCUCCCUCCGUGUUCCCUUCAUUUUCCGUUGGGUUACUUCAGAUGUGUUCUUCUACAUCCCUGUCAUCUGUGAUAUCCUGAUCUUCAUCUUAUCUCUUGUUGUUGCCGUAACCUCCUGUUCCUGUUGCUGCAGACCAAAGUCAAUCCCUGUCAUGGUCAGUUAUAUGACCACAGAUUUGCCUGUCAACCCCAUCAUGCCGAUGGGCCAGCCGGACGCCUAUGCAGUGGCCCCGGUCCCACUGGUGCCUCUGCCAAAUCACGGUCACGUCCCCAAUGCAUCUCCACCAAUGUAUAGUCCAGUACCAACUACACCUCCAUCCAACUACGAAAAAGUCUCAGAUGCACUUCCACCAAACUACAGUCCAGUCCCAAGUACCCCUCCACCAGCAUAUGAGCAUGAAGAUUUUCAGGCCAGAAGAUGAAUAAUAUCUUCGGAAUGUUUGACGUUUGCACAAUUUAUGGUGUUGGAAAACCAAAGAUUAUACUUUAGAAGUUUGUAAAUUGAAUGGAUGAGAAACAUGCCUCAGAGUCUUACGUUUUCAUUAUGUUUCAUUUGUUGUAUAUUUCCCCAAAUGACUGUUUUGUUUGAUUUGAUUUUAUAUAAUAAAUUGGCAGUUUUCUUAA